CGUGUCAGUGUCGUGUAUGCAUUCGAACCGAUUCGUUGUGCCGAGAGCAGCAUUUACAAAGUGCGCGUCAGAUUCCAGCAACACUUCCAGCCCGUGUGUAUUUUGUUGGUGUCCGAUGAAGAAGAAGCCAAGUGCAAAACAAAAUUGAAUAAUUUUUUAGUGUGUGCGCGCGUGUGUGUGAGAGUGUGUGCGUGUGUGUGUGUGCGGUCUAUACGUGUAUGUUGUUAUUCGCAUUCGUAUUUAUUUUGCUUGCUAUGCCAAAAAAUAUAAAGUUUGAUAUCAAAAUCUAAAGGGCAAAGCUAACGUGCAUAACAGUUGGCGAAGGAAAUAUCGUGAAUUGUAACGGGAACGGUUGGCUGAUUCAGCUGAAUGUUCUGCUAUUUUUAGAGCAAUUAGGAAAGAAAAACAACAACAACAGCAGCAGCAGUAACGUUAAAGCCGAGCCGGCUGCUGCGCCGCAUCGUCUGUURAACAAGAACAACAACAACGACAACGAAAAUAACAACAGCAACAGCAACAACUGCGUAGCUGUUCGGUCGCAUUUGCAUAAAUAUGUAAGGCUGUCCCGUUCUCCGCCCCGCCCGCUGCUACGAUACUCGCCCUGCGGCCAACGUUAUCAAGUGUCGAAAAAUAAAUAAAAAUAAAAGAGUAACAAAAAAAAGAAGUAAAUUGUGCAAAAUUGUUAAAAUUUGGCUCAGCAUUUUGCAUUGGCGUGCGCGUACGUGCGUGUGAGCGAGAGAGUCCAAACAGUGUUCGUGUGUGUGUGAACGCAAUGGCGCUCAGCCCUGAGCUUCAAUUUGGCUGCUGAGCAGAGCAGAGCAGAGCUCAAAGCUUGUCGACAGAUUCUAAGUUGAAAACCGUGCAGCAGAAGCUGAGCGAAUAUCCCAAAAUGUCAACAACAACGAUAACAGCAACAGCAACAACAACAGCCGCAGCGGCAUCAGCUGCAAAUGCGGCGUCAACUUCGGCUGCGUCGCCCCCGCCAAAUGUGAGCGGCGGACGCAUCGCCGACUGUCGUAAAUUCUCACCAAAUAUAUUCAACAAGAGCAAAUGCAGCCAUUGUUUUCGUCAGCGAGAGGAGCACAGCGCCGCCGCCUUGGAAUGCAAUAGGUUCGCGUCUCUGGCUGACUGUGCAUCACGCAAGGUGUCCAAAUGCGGCUACUUGUUUGUGGCACCAGAUUGGGACUUCUCGAAUCCAUUGUAUAGAACUAAGCGUUGGCAAAGACGAUGGUUUGUCCUCUACGAUGAUGGGGAGCUUACUUAUUCAGUGGAUGAUUAUCCCGAGACGAUACCACAGGCCUGCAUCGAUAUGACCAAAGUGCUCGAAGUAAGCAGCGCCGAGGAGGUUACCGGCCAUCCAAACUCCAUUGCCAUAACGGCGCAGGAUCGCGUCACCUUUGUGAAGGGCAUCAGCCCGGACGAGUCGCAGUGGUGGCUCAAUAUACUGACAGCCUUUCCCAAAUCAAAGAGCCGGCACAAGCGCAGCACCACGCUGCCGGGCGGCCAGAUCAGUUGUCUGCGUCAGUCCUCGAACGUGGACAUGGCGAUCAAGUUGGGCAACCGCCAUAGCUCCUAUCACAAGGAUACCCUAACGUCUUCCCAAUCGGCCGGCAAUCUGCUGUGUAAUCUCGAGGACAGCAGCUCCACGAAUAACGUUGGCCUAACAGUCAGUGCGAUGGCCAAUGAUGAUGCCGACGAUGGCGUCGAGACGGGUGAGGAUGAGGAGGACGAAGACGAGAAUCAGGAGCGACAGGUGUCAACGUCGAGGAAAACAAAAGCAACAUCUCCAUCCAACUGCCAUGGCGGACAGGAUGAGAACAAUCGCAAUGCGGGCAAUGAAAUCACAAAUCGUGUUUCCCAGCCCACUGGCUGUUUGCUGAUCGAGGACAUUCGACGAGAUGAGAAGUCCAUCAAGGAUAUUGCCAAUACGAUAACGAACCUUAGUCAACAGCAGAACAAGCGCUGGUCGACGGCUGUCAACAAUGCGCUUAACAAUCAUCACUACCCGUACCAGACGUCGCGCGACGAGACCGACUUCCAGGUGACGAGCUCCGGUAAAGGCGAGCAAACGACUGGCAAUCUGAGACCAAAGUCAUUACCACUGGCGGCCAACUCAACGCCAGCCAUUGUGUCCGCAAUAGUCAAGAAGAUACCAACGGUGCUGGUAUCCCAACAACAACAGCAGCAACAACAACAGCAACAGCAGCAACAACAGCAGCAGCAGCAACAAUCGAAACAGCAAGUGGAGAGCGCCAAGAGUGGAAAGGCCGGCAGCCGAUUGCAGCUGCAGCUGAAGCCCGCUAAGCAUUAUCAGCACGAGCGAGGCGAUCCCGAUGGCGGCUGUAAUCUGGAUGAGCUGUGCGCCAACUAUCUGGCCAAAUCGGACGAGCUGAGGCCCCUGAGCAAGUCCAGCAAGUGCACAGUCUCCGGCAAAUCGUCGUCGGCCAAGAGCUUAAAGGAGUCCCUCAAUGCCAAAAAGGGCUGGCUCAUGAAGCUGGACAACCGCACGGGCGAGUGGAGCAAGCACUGGUUCACCCUCAGUGGUGCGGCGCUCUUCUACUACAGAGAUCCGCUGUGCGAGGAGAGGGGCGUGCUCGAUGGUGUCCUGGAUGUGAACAGCCUGUCGAACGUCGUCGAGGAGCCCAGCGUGAGCAAGCAGCACGCCUUUCAGCUGAUCACCUGGGACAAGCAGCGUCUGUUCCUGGCCGGACUCUCGCCCAGCUCGCGCAACACUUGGCUGGCGGCACUGCGCAGUGCAGCGGGUCUGCCCCAGCUGCUGGAGACCACGGCGACAACGGUGUCGCCCACGGCAAUGAAGCCGAGCGACAUUGAGCAGGACUUCAUGAAGGCGCAACUGCAGACAAAUCCACUCGGCUCUAGUCCGGCCACGCCGGGAACACCGGCAAAUGCGCCGCAUUUCUCCUCGGACGAGGAGUACCGCACCGCCUCGGAGGGCGGGCGGCGCGACAGCCUCGACUGGGGCUCGCCGCUCUCACCCUCUCCGCCCGUUCUGCGCAGCUGCCUGCGCAAUCGCAGCCUGGCUAGUCUCCACAAGCGCAGCCGCAGCUCCCCGCCCAGCUCGCGUCGCAGCACCGUCGACAGUGUGGCCAGCGAUGAGCUGCCGCUGAUGGCAGUGCCCGAAGAGAUGCGGCCAGACCGUGAUCGUGAUCGUGAUCGGGAGCUGAAGCAACAAUGCGAAACGCUGCGUACAGAGGCGAAGCUGCGGGAGGCACGCAUGUCCGAGCUGCUCUCGACGCUGCAGCGCACGGAGCAGGAGCUGACGGCGCGACUGCAGGAGCAGCAACAGCAGCUGAAUGCCGAGCUGAACAGCGCCAAGCAGAGCGCAGCGGAGCUUGUGCACGGUCUGAGCGUGCAGCUGACGGAGAGCCAAUGCAAGAUCAAACAGCUGGAGGAUCGACUGGCGCAGGGCAUCGAGGAGAACGAAAGUCUAUAUAAGCGACUGCGUGAGCUCCAGGCGGGCAACAGUCAGGUGGCCAGCCUGAGCAAUCUGCAGCGUCACAAAAUGAAGCGCAUGGACUCCCUGAGCGACCUGACCACGAUUAGCGACAUCGAUCCCUAUUGCCUGCAGCGGGAUUCGCUGGCCGAGGAAUACAACGAGCUGCGCAGUCGGUUCGAGAAGGCUGUCAACGAGAUUCGCGCCAUGAAGCGUGAACUGAAGCAGUCCCAGAAUCAAUACGAUGCCCUCGAGCUGAUCCAGACAGCGCUGCAGCAGAAGCUGGAGCGCAGCCAGAUGGAGGAUGGGGCCCAGCUGCAAUUAAUGGCCGCUCGCAUUCAGGACUUGACGAUCAAGUAUAGCACCUCGGAGCGGCAGGUGCGUGCGCUGAAGCAGAAGCUGGCCAAAUCGGAGCGACGGCGCUCGCUCUCGCUGAAGGGCAAGGAGCAGCUGGAGCUGAAGCUGAGCGAGCUGCAGCGCGAGACCGUGGAGCGCCAGUCGACGCCCAGCUCAAACCCAAGCACCGAGUCUAGCAGCGAGUCCAGCAGUCAGUCAUCGCCCCUGAAUGCCCAUCUGCUGCAGCGACUCCACAGUCUGGAGCAUGUCCUGCUCAGCAGCAAGGAGCGACUCGAGCAGAGUGUGACCCAAUUGCAGCAUUUGCGUGCGGGCCAUCGCAGUCGUCGCUCGGUGUCGCCACUGAACGAGCGAAAGGACGGACUGAGGCAACUGGAGCGCGCUCUAACCGAGACCUGUGUGCUGGUCAGCGAACAAAUGGAAUUGUCGUGCCUGCAGGACUCCUGCCAUAAGUGCUGUGAGCUGCGGCAGCGCAUCGAUAAGCUGACAGCACUCCACCAGCAGACCGAAACGGAUCUGCAGCGCAGCGAGCAGCUGCUGGAGCAGCGUGAGAGCGAAUUGGCAGCCGCCCUGGAGAAGUGCGUCAGCCAGGAGCAGGAGCAGCAGCUGCUGCUGAAGCAGCGCAAUGAACUAAGCGACGAACUGGGCCAGCAGCAGGAGCGCUGCAAGCGCAUGGAGAAACGUCUCGAUCUGCUAGAGAAGGAGCACGGCAAGCAGCUGGAGUGCCUCAGGGAGGUGUAUAGCCACGAGCAUGCCAAUGCCCCAGACGAGCUCAGCUUCCGCAAGCGCUAUCAGACGGAAAUCGAACAGCUAAGGACACUAUGCGAGAAGGGGCUCAGUGCCAUGGAGUCAUCGCAUCGUCGACUUAUUUGCGAUAUGGAGGAGAAGCACAAGCAGGAAAUUGAGCGUCUGCUGGCGGAGAAGGAAACAGCGUUAGCUGAGGAAACGCAGGCAACUCUAGCUGCUCUGGAUGCUAUGCGCAAGGCCCAUCAGAGCGAGGUGCAACGCGAGGUGGCACGCUUCAAAGCCGAGUUCCUGCGCCAGGUGCAGCGCGGGGAGCACAUACGCGGAGAUGGCGCCAAGCUGAAGGAGGAGGAGCUCGACGAGCUGCGCAUGGAGAUUCUGUCAUUCUCUGAAAAGUAUUCCAUAAAAUGUGUGGAAAAUGCUGCGCUGGAGGAGAAGCUGCACCAGGCCAAUGGCAAGUUGCGGCACUUCCAGCAAAUGCAGCAACUGGAGCUGAGAAAUCGACAAUUCCGCGCCCAUUUGGCCUCAGAGGAUCCGGGCAGCGAUGUGCACUUUGUGCAGGGCCUGACCACGGGAUCGAAGGAGGACGCUGCCUGCCAGGACAGUGAGCCUGAUCAGAGCCCACCACAAAUAAUGGUUGAUACAGACACAACAAGAAUCACAUCCACAACAACAACAACAACAACAAGUACAACAACAACAGCUACAACAACAGCAUCUCUAGACCCAGACACAGACCCCGUAACGGCAUCGAGAGAGCCCGAUAAAAUGGAGCAAAACCAGUUUGUGAUACCCUCCCAUAAGCUCAGUCGUUGCCAAACGUCGUCUGCCACAAACAUUUCUGAUUCGGGCAACGAUAUCGAUAACGCUGACAUUGAGCUAGCCUAUGAGCCGUGCUACAAGCCCUACGAUAUAUUUGCCAUCUAUCAGAAUCGUUUAUGUUUUCAAGGUCUGAAAGGCAACUCGACGUUUGGAAAGAAUUUACGAAAGUCCACUGCUAAAACAACAUCACCAGCAUCAUCGACGACAGCUUCAGCAACAGCAACAGCAACGGCAACUGCUAAUAAUAUUAACCUGCCCAAUUCAGAGGGAUCAAGUCACAAACGAACGUAUAAAACGGCAGCCGUCAUUAACAUACAGCAACAGCACAACCCUGACAAUGAAUUACAACAGGAAAAAGCACAAUGAACAACAAUGAACUAAUGAAACGCUAAAGCUAUUGAAUUGAAUGGAAACCCAAACCCAUAACCAAGAGCGAACAAGAACAACAACAAAACCAGUGGAACAACCAAAGAAUAAUUAGUGCUAAUAAUAAAUAAAUUAUUUUAUAUAUUUAACAUGUAAAAAAAAAAAAAGGAAAAAAAAAAACAACAAACUUAAACCAAAUGCAAAAUCGAAUGGAAAUACAUAAAUAUGAAGUUGGCUAACAAAGAUGAUGUUGGUGAUGUUGCUGCAGAUUCUCUUAACCAGGAGCGAUUAGGAGAACGAGAUUGAGUUACACUAACAACGACUGUUCGCCCCCCUCCGCCAUUAGCUGGAAGGGACGCUGAGCAAUGGAAAAACUAAUCACAAUAAUACACACAACAACCAACAACAACAACAACAAGAUCAUCGUAAACUAGCUACUGGCUGGUUUAUUAAUUAUUGGCUAAAAUCGGAUUUUCUUUGUUGACGAAAACAUUUUAUGUAUUUAUCAGCUAUUUUAUUAUUGUAUUGUAUCUGUAACAUUUAUCCAAACUUUCUAUGUCCAUUAAAUGUGUCAUUUACUUAUGUGUAGUGUUUAGGCCAAAUUGAAAAGAAAACUAAAAUAAACCGAUAACAGCAGUUAAACCAUAAAUAUGCUCAACUAUUAUAUGUAGAUGGCAUUGUCAGUAGUUUGUUAGGUUUUGUCUUUAAUCUACAAUCAAAAUUGUUUUGCAUUCAUACAUA